AUGGCACAGAUUCCGACGGGUAAGACAGACUCGAAGCCUCAGAUUCGAAGCCUCACACUCGAAGCCUCACACUCGAAGCCUCACACUCAAGCCUCACCUCAAGCCUCACACUCGAAGCCUCCACACUCGAACUCGAAGCCUCAGCACUCGAAGCCUCACACUCGAAGCCUCACACUCGCCUCAACUCGAAGCCUCACACUCGAAGCCUCACACUCGAAGCUUCAGACUCGAAGCCUCAAACUCGAAGCCUCACACUCGAAGCCUCACACUCGAAGCCUCACACUCGAAGCUUCAGACUCGAAGCCUCACACUCGAAGCCUCACACUCGCAGCCUCACUCGCCUCACACUCGAAGCCUCACUCGAAGCUUCGCCUCACACUCGAAGCCUCACACUCGACUCGCAAGCCUCAGACUCGAAGCCUCGACUCGAAGCCUCACACUCGAAGCUUCAACUCGAAGCCUCGAAGCUCACACUCGAGCCUCACACUCGAAGCCUCACACUCGAAGCCUCGAAGCCUCACACUCGAAGCCUCACCGAAGCCUCACACUCGAACCUCACACUCGCGCCUCAGCCUCACACUCGAAGCCUCACACUCGAAGCUUCAGACUCGAAGCCUCAAACUCGAGCCUCACACUCGAAGCCUCACACUCGAAGCUCAGAAGCUCUCGAAGGAAGCCUCACACUCGAAGCCUCACAACUCGAAGCUCACACUCGAAGCCUCGAGCCUCACACUCGAAGCCUCACACUCGCCUCACACUCGCCUCAGACUCGAAGCCUCAGACUCGAAGCUUCACACUCGAAAGCCUCACAACUCGGAAGCCUUACACUCGAAGCCUCAGACUCCAAGCCUCAGAAUCGAAGCCUCACACUCGAAGCCUCACACUCGAAGCUUCAUAAUCGAACUUCAUAAUCGAAGCCUCACAAUCGAAGCUUCAUACUCGAAGCCUCACACUCGAAGCCUCAAACUCGAAGCUUCACAAUCGAAGCCUCACACUCGAAGCUUCAUACUCGAAGCCUCACACUCGAAGCCUCACACUCGGAGCCUCACACUCGAGGCCUCAGACUCGAGCCUCAAACUCGAAGCUCGAAGCCUCACACUCAAGCUUCAUACUCGAAGCCUCACACUCGAAGCCAGACUCGAAGCCUCAAACUCGAAGCUUCAGACUCAGCUUACUCGAGAGCCUCACACUCGAAGCCUCAAACUCGAAGCCUCAGACUCGAGCCUCACACUCGAACACCGAAGCCUCACACUCGAAGCCUCACACUCGGAGCCUCAAACUCGAAGCCUCAGACUCGAUGCCUCACACUCGAAGCUUCAGACUCGAAGCCUCACACUCGAAGCUCACACUCGAGCCUCACACUCGAACUUCAGACUCGAAGCCUCACACUCGAAGCUCACACUCGCAACACUCGAAGCUCACACUCGAAGCCUCACACUCGAAGCUUCAGACUCGAAGCCUCACACUCGAAGCCUCAAGCCUCACACUCGCAGCCUCAGACUCGAAGCCUCAGACUCGAAGCUUCACACUCGAAGCCUCACACUCGAAGCUUCAGACUCGAAGCCUUACACUCGAAGCCUCAGACUCCAAGCCUCAGAAUCGAAGCCUCACACUCGAAGCCUCACACUCGAAGCUUCAAAUCGAGCCUCACACUCGAAGCUUCAUCGAAGCGCCUCACACUCGAUCGCCUCACACUCGAUCACAAUCGAAGCUUCAUACUCGAAGCCUCACACUCGAUUCGAAGCUUCACAAUCGAAGCCUCACACUCGAAGCCUUCACUCGAAGCCUCACACUCGAAGCCUCACACUCGAAGCCUCACACUCGAAGCCUCAGACUCGAAGCCUCAAACUCGAAGCCUCAACUCAAGCCUCACACUCGAAGCUCGAAGCCUCACACUCGAAGCCUCACACUCGAAGCCUCACACUCAAGGAAGCCGCCUCCAUCAACUCGAAGCCUCACACUCGGAAGCCUCACUUCGAAGUCACACUCGAAGCUGUCACACUCGGAGCCUCAAACUCGAAGCCUCACUCGAUGCCUCACACUCGAAGCUUCUCACACUCGAAGCCUGCCACUGACUCUCACACUACCAUAGGCCACUUGCACUCACGAGGCUUCAAGGGAAAGACACCCAAUCCGACACAGUACAUGCCAGACGAGCACCAUUCAAGCUUUGGGACCAAGCUGUUUUUAACGUUUUGUAUAGGUUAA